GGCGGGCCUCCGGAGCCAAGAGGUGGCCAGGCCGGCUGGGCAGGGCUGAGUGGCUGGGCGGAGCACGUGAUGUCCCCAGCCUGCCUCCGGGGCCCUCUGAGCGCCUGAGGCUGAAAUCGACAUUUGCCGCUGGCAGGAAAAUGUCACUUUCCACCUUCAUCACAUCCUCAAGCCAAAGGAGCAGGAGAUUUCGGUAGCAUUUUAACCUUAUAUCUCAGAAAUCUGAAAACCAAAGAGGUUUGCUAUUCUCCCAUCAAGAGGUGGAGUCUACUUCCUCUCCCCUUGAACCUGUGUGAGCUUUUGUGACUGCCUCGAUGGACAGCAUGUGGCAAAGAGACGCUGCCUGACUUCUGAGGCUCAGUCAUGCAAGAUGACACAGCUUCUCCCUGGUCUCUCUCUCAACGCUGGCUUUGGAGCCGAGAGCCUCCAGGUGUAACUAGCCUGGUCAAUGCAGGAGUGAUGAGUGGCAGUGGAAACCUGAUGGAUUUUCUCGAUGAGCCAUUCCCCGAUGUGGGGACAUAUGAGGACUUCCACACCAUCGACUGGCUAAGGGAAAAGUCACGGGACACAGACCGACACAGAAAGAUAACCAGCAAAAGCAAGGAGUCCAUAUGGGGGUUCAUCAGGAGCCUGCAGGACGCCUGGUCGGGCUGGGUGGUCAUGCUGCUCAUCGGCCUGCUGGCAGGCACCUUGGCUGGGGUCAUCGAUCUUGCCGUCGACUGGAUGACAGACCUGAAGGAAGGUGUCUGCCUGUCUGCCUUCUGGUACAGCCAUGAGCAGUGCUGCUGGACUUCCAACGAAACCACUUUUGAGGACAGAGACAAGUGUCCACGGUGGCAGAAAUGGUCGGAGCUGCUGGUGAAUCAGUCGGAGGGUGCCAGUGCUUACAUUCUGAAUUACUUAAUGUACAUCCUGUGGGCGUUGCUGUUUGCGUUUCUGGCCGUCUCCCUGGUGCGCGUGUUUGCACCAUAUGCCUGCGGCUCUGGCAUACCCGAGAUCAAGACCAUUCUGAGCGGCUUCAUCAUCAGGGGCUACUUGGGGAAGUGGACCCUGCUAAUUAAGACGGUCACCCUGGUGCUGGUAGUGUCAUCCGGCCUGAGCCUUGGGAAAGAAGGGCCGCUGGUGCACGUGGCUUGUUGCUGUGGCAACUUCUUCAGCAGCCUUUUCUCCAAGUACAGCAAAAACGAGGGCAAGAGGCGCGAGGUGCUUUCAGCGGCGGCUGCGGCUGGAGUCUCCGUGGCCUUUGGUGCUCCGAUCGGGGGUGUGCUUUUCAGUCUGGAAGAGGUCAGUUACUACUUUCCCUUGAAGACCUUGUGGAGGUCAUUUUUUGCGGCCCUGGUGGCGGCCUUCACGUUGCGAUCCAUCAAUCCCUUUGGGAACAGCCGCCUUGUUCUCUUUUAUGUGGAAUAUCACACGCCCUGGUACAUGGCUGAACUCUUCCCCUUCAUCCUGCUUGGGGUGUUUGGGGGCUUGUGGGGAACCCUCUUCAUCCGCUGCAACAUCGCCUGGUGCAGGAGGCGCAAGACCACCCGGCUGGGGAAGUACCCGGUGCUGGAGGUCAUUGUGGUGACUGCCAUCACCGCUGUCAUUGCCUACCCCAAUCCCUACACACGCCAGAGCACCAGUGAGCUCAUUUCUGAGCUGUUCAACGACUGUGGGGCCCUUGAGUCCUCCCAGCUGUGUGACUACAUCAACGACCCCAACAUGACCCGGCCUGUGGAUGACAUUCCAGACCGGCCAGCUGGGUUUGGCGUUUACACAGCCAUGUGGCAGCUGGCCCUGGCGCUGAUCUUCAAAAUCAUUAUCACCAUAUUUACCUUUGGCAUGAAGAUCCCGUCGGGCCUCUUCAUCCCCAGCAUGGCCGUGGGAGCAAUGGCGGGCAGGAUGGUGGGCAUCGGCGUGGAGCAGCUGGCUUACCAUCACCAUGACUGGAUCAUCUUCCGGAACUGGUGCAGGCCCGGAGCAGACUGCGUCACUCCAGGGCUUUACGCAAUGGUGGGAGCUGCAGCCUGCCUAGGUGGAGUUACCAGGAUGACAGUGUCGUUGGUGGUCAUCAUGUUCGAGUUAACGGGUGGUCUGGAGUACAUUGUGCCCCUCAUGGCGGCGGCUGUGACCAGCAAGUGGGUGGCCGAUGCCUUUGGGAAGGAAGGCAUCUACGAGGCCCACAUCCACUUGAAUGGCUACCCCUUCCUGGAUGUGAAGGAUGAGUUCACCCACCGCACGCUGGCCACCGACGUCAUGCGGCCCCGGCGGGGAGAGCCGCCGCUGUCGGUGCUCACCCAGGACUGCAUGACCGUGGAGGACGUGGAGACGCUCAUCAAGGACACUGACUACAACGGAUUCCCCGUGGUGGUCUCCAGAGACUCCGAGCGCCUCAUCGGAUUUGCCCAGCGGAGGGAGCUGAUUCUCGCAAUAAAGAAUGCCAGACAGAGGCAGGAGGGCAUCGUGAGCAAUUCCAUCAUGUACUUCACAGAGGAGCCCCCUGAGUUGCCGGCCAACAGCCCGCACCCCCUGAAGCUGCGGCGCAUCCUCAACCUCAGCCCUUUCACGGUCACGGACCACACCCCCAUGGAGACGGUGGUAGACAUCUUCCGGAAACUGGGGCUCCGGCAGUGCCUGGUGACACGGAGUGGAAGACUUCUGGGCAUCAUCACAAAAAAGGACGUGCUGAGACAUAUGGCCCAGAUGGCAAACCAGGACCCUGAAUCCAUCAUGUUUAAUUAGCAACAAGGUGGCAAUUAUUUUGAGAAAAACAG